ACCAGAAAGCAGAUAAGACUUGAACACGUGUGCUACUACUUACCACUUCUCCAUGAAUUACUGAACUGCGAGCUCCCUCCAAUUCGCUUCUCCUUCUUCUUCAUUCCUUGGCAGUACACAAAUCUGUCAUAUCUUGCUGCUCGAUCGUUACGAUGAUGGCGCUCAAUUCAUUGUCACCACUUUCAAUUAAUUCUCUUCACGUAUCUUCAAGCUCAACUUCAAAGAUUUCGCAUUCUCAUUCCAAGUCCUUUCCCGUCGUUGUGUGCCAAAUUAACUCAAACAGAGAUCAUCGUCAAGAAUCCACAAAAUGGGGAAAAGUGGUUUCGGCCACGUUGGCGGCUGCUGUUAUUGCCUUCAGCUCUGACAUGUCUGCCCUUGCUGAUCUCAACAAAUUUGAGGCUGAAAUGAGGGGUGAAUUUGGAAUAGGAUCGGCUGCGCAGUUUGGCUCUGCUGACCUCAGGAAAGCGGUGCAUGUCAAUGAAAAUUUCAGAAGAGCCAAUUUCACAGCUGCUGAUAUGAGAGAAUCUGAUUUUAGUGGUUCAACUUUCAAUGGUGCAUACCUUGAGAAAGCUGUUGCAUACAAGGCAAACUUUUCAGGUGCUGAUUUAAGUGAUACAUUGAUGGAUCGCAUGGUUCUAAAUGAAGCCAAUCUCACUAAUGCCAUUCUCCUUAGAACAGUCCUCACACGGAGUGACCUUGGGGGAGCCAUCAUCGAAGGUGCUGACUUUAGUGAUGCUGUGUUGGAUCUUCCUCAAAAGCAGGCGCUAUGCAAGUAUGCUAGUGGCACAAAUCCUGUGACAGGAGUAAGCACAAGAGUAAGCUUAGGUUGUGGGAACAAACGACGAAAUGCAUAUGGCUCCCCGUCAUCUCCCCUUUUAAGUGCUCCACCACAGAAACUGCUUGACCGAGACGGUUUUUGUGAUGAUGCAACAGGACUUUGCGAUGCAAAGUAGUAACUAGUUGUAAUAUUUGCUACAAGGCCAUAUUCGUGUAAAUAUAUCAGAGACUACAAUUGAGGCCUCUAUUUGCCUUUGCAUUUCUGAGAGCAUAUCCGCAUUCAACAAAUGAUGCCCUCUCUUGAAUCUAUGUUGGAUAUUGCUGGUCUCUGUUUAGCAAGCCAGAACCUAUUUUGUCCAGCCACUUUCUCCUAUGUAAGAUCUACGGGAUAUAAAAUGAUGCUUCGUGUUCAUAAUUUCUCACCCAUUUGCCACAAAACUUUAAUGAACCAUGUAAGUCCAAUUUCUUGUUUAAAUUUAUAUUACACAAACACACUCACAUUCUCUCUUAUAGAUGUUAAUAUUCGUCGGAGAUCGAAUUCAACUA